AUGAGUUCCUCAUCGUCGUCGCGCAAGUCGCGCAGAACGACUAGCAUCUCGAACGUCAUGUACACCAACGCCGUCUACUUUCCCAACGAACGGAUCUACCAAGGGGAUACGCCUGGCGCGAUGAACUACGGGUGUAUCAACCACGUGUAUUACGCCUUUGCAAACGUGUCGGCGGACGGCGGUGUCUUUCUCAGCGACGAGUGGGCCGAUGCCCGCGCACCAGUCGAUGGCGUGCAAGGCGGUCUAGGAUCUCUAAUGCACCUAAAGCAGAAGCAUCCGCACUUGCAGGUUGUCUUAUCCAUCGGCGGCGGUAGUUCAGCAGCAGUCUUCCCCUCGGUCGCCGCGAAUACGUUGUACAGAGACAACUUUGCUCGGUCUGCGAGAGGUUUGGUGGACGCAUCUGGCUUGGACGGCAUCGAUAUCGUCUGGGAGUAUCCUUGCGAUCCCCAACAAGGUCACCACUUUCUCGCCUUGAUAGCAGCCGUUCGCCUUCAUAUGCCGGAAAGCCACUACCUCCUCACCGCCGCUUUGCCAGCAGGGAGGGCGGUUCUUCAGUACAUCGACUUGCGACGGACGGCCGACUACCUCGACUUCAUCAACCUGAUGGCUUACGACUUUUCAGGCUCGUGGACACAUCGGAGUGGCCACCACGCUCAACUCUACGCACUGAGCAAGGAUGAGAGCUCGGGAGCCUCGGCGGUGCAGUAUCUCGUCUCUCAGGGGUUUCCCUCGCAGAAGAUCCUCCUCGGCAUCCCUCUCUACGGACGCAGCUUUCUGCACGCCGCCGGACCGGGACAGAAGUUCAAGGGGGUUGGCGGGGAUAACGGCACGUUCGACUACAACCAGCUGCCGCGCCGCGGGACGAAGGAGGUGUUGGACAAGAAGCACAUUGCAGCUCAAUGCGUGGGGGCCGACGGCGGUUUCGUGACGUACGACAACCCCGACACGGGGCUCUUUUACUGGAGCGGACCAUUAGAUGCCAAGGACAGCUCCCGCAGUCUCAUCGCGACUGGUUUCAGGGCUCUGCACAGCUCCUGA